GCACGCCGGUGAGCUGCGCAGUCACACGAGUGGAGAUUUAAAGGGAAAUAACAGCGCUCCUCUUUGUACACAUCCGAGUUUGGCAGGACACUGUAGUCUUUGAUAAAACAGUCCGUCUGCGCCUCUGUGGUCGCGUUAAUUGGACUCUUUUUGGAUCUGCACAAGACUUAACUUCAGACUAGAAAGCACCAGCGAACGGCGACUGUAUUUUCAGGGUCUAGUUCUUUCGGAGGAGGUUCUGUGUCCUAUCUUUCCACUCUAGCCCCUGUCGCCAUCUUGAAUUUUAAUGUAAAUUAUCUGGCAAUUUUUUUGUUUUGCUAUAUGGCAUAUUUAGAGAGCCGUUUCGCUCGCUUCGUGCGCCGGUGACGGAUAAGUGUUAACGUAAGAAAAAGGACAGAGUGGAAGUAGCCUCUGGAUCAACAAGUGAGUUUACAGUCUGCAGUGUGUGUUUAAGUUGCCCAUGCAAGCGGGAGACGAAAACGAGUUGCACUGCUUCCCUCCACAUCGCAUGGUUUCUCAUAAGCACAUAGAAGCUAAAUGCGCCUUUACCAGGGAGCUAGCUGGUAUGAAGUAGAUGGGAGAAACCAAGAACAUGGUGCUGAAUGGCAGGAGACAUGGCAGUAGGUUCUCCAGUGAUCAGCCCGUUGGAAAGACCAGGCUGCAGAACACGCAGAGGGCCCAUCUGCGCCAGAGCAAGGGCUCCCCUAGUGGCAGGAGAUGCAGCAGACGUUUCAGUGGGGCAGCCACAGAGCCAGAGAGGCGUCAUGUGCCCUCUUCUGGGAUGACAGCAAAGGAGCUGUGUGAAUAUGAUGACCUGUCCACCAGCCUGAUCCUGGACCCUUACCUGGGCUUCCAGACCCACAAAAUGAACACCAGGUUUCGGCCAAUCACGGGUCGACAAGCUGAGCUUAGGGAAGUGAUUGAACGCUUCAAGAAAAAUGACAACCUGGAAAAAGCCUUCCAGGCUUUGACCUCUGGAGAAUGGAGCAGACAUCACUUUCUCAACAAGACCAAGGCCCAGGAGAAGCUCUUCAAAGCACAUGUAUUUGUUUACUUGCGUAUGUUUGCUACAGACAGUGGGUUUGAGAUUCUUCCAUGCAAUCGCUAUUCAUCAGAGCAAAAUGGAGCCAAAAUUGUAGCAACAAAAGAUUGGAAAAGGAAUGAUAAAAUUGAACACCUUGUUGGCUGCAUUGCUGAGCUGUCUGCAAGUGAAGAAAAGAUGUUGUUACGACAUGGAGAAAAUGACUUCAGUGUCAUGUACUCUACACGUAAGAACUGUGCUCAGCUCUGGCUGGGACCUGCUGCCUUUAUUAAUCAUGAUUGUCGGCCAAAUUGCAAGUUUGUAUCAACAGGUCGAGACACUGCAUGUGUGAAGGUCCUACGGGACAUUGAACCAGGGGAAGAGAUCUCCUGUUACUAUGGAGAUGGCUUCUUUGGAGAAAACAACGAGUUUUGUGAAUGCUAUACUUGUGAAAGGCGUGGCACUGGUGCUUUUAAGUCAAAAGCAGGGCUGCCUGUGGAGGUGCCAGUGAUCAAUAGCAAGUAUGGCCUGAGGGAGACUGACAAGCGUCUCAACAGACUGAAAAAGCUGGGGGAGGGCAGCAGGAACUCGGACAGUCAGUCCGUUGCCUCCACAGAAGCAGAGUCUCAGGAACCACCAAGUGGACAAACAUCAUUACGGAAGAGGACGUCUCAGCCCUGUCUCAAAAAGCAUGGCAAAGCCAGAGCUUCUACAAGGCAAAUUCUGUCAAGCACUCCUACCUCUACCUCAUCCUCUAAACGAAGUCAAACAAACAACUCCAGUUUACCAAAGAGACUUAAAUCAAAGCCCACUCAGCCUUUGUCUAAGGGAAGGAGAUGGUGUCGAGCAGCAGAACUGAAAGCCCCCAGUCGAGUAAGUGCUGGGAGCUUGGGUCUCAAGCAGUCCUCCAGAAGAGAGGCAGACAGGCGAGGGCCCACUCAGCUCUCCAGCUGUAGGGGUAGUGUAACUCGUGCGGCAGUUCACGAAAACAGUCAGAACUCCCCAAAGGGUGCUUCAGCAUGCAAGGACAGUGUGCCUUGCCCUUACAGAACUCGUAGGUCCACCAGGACCUCUCUUGGUGCUCAGGAGGCUGCUGCUGGCAGCAGGCGAGGGCUAAAGUCAAACAGCCCAGCUAAGCUAGCCGGUGGCUUGGCCCUCAAGAUGGAGCCUGGAGACCCUGUUCCAGUGACAGUCGGGCACCAGAUGAACACCCCUAGCCUCGAAGCUAGCUGUCCAAGGAAAGGGACAUGCCCCAGGAGGAGGAGGACAAUAAAACAAGAGGAGGUGGGGGGCUCCUAUGGGGAUGACUUUCUCCAGGAGGGCGUGCCAGAUCUACAACAUGCAGCCCGGGCUGCUGACGUGGCCGACUGUGGAAAGGUGCCACUCGGCCUUCCGGGCCACCACCAGCACUACAAUGGCUCAACCAAAAAUGGUAAGCCACUACGGCGCGGCAAAGGCAAGAAGAAGCGGCGCAUUACGCGCUACGAUGCCCAGCUGAUCCUGGAGAACAACACAGGCAUCCCCAAGUUGACCCUGCGGCGGCGACGGGACAGCAGCAGCAGCAAUAAGGCGGACCCCCGGGACGCCAAGCCCUCGCACCCCAAGUCCAGCUCCUCAAAGAUCAGCAUCAAGUUCAGCAAGGAACGUGAAAAGGAGCGCACUGGCUCAUACGUGGCCAAGUUGAACAAUGGCUUUGGCCAUGGCCCUCACAGCAGCUCCACCAAGCUGAAGAUCCAGCUAAAGCGUGAGGAGGACGGCACGGGUCUGCGACGGACCUAUCCUGAUGACGUUACCUUCACUGGGAUCGUCAAGAGGGAGGCUGGGGAGGUGCUUGAGCACGAAGUGGGAGCCCAGGUGGGGCAGAACAUUGAGGAGGACUCACUCACUUCUGAGGAUGAGGAGGAGGACUACUUUGACAACGAGGAUGAUUUCAUCCCACUUCCACCAGCGAAACGCCUACGCCUCAUUGUGGGCAAAGAUUCCAUAGACAUCGACAUCUCCUCUAGAAGAAGAGAGGACCAGUCACUUAGACUCAAUGCAUAA